AUAGAUUUAAAACGAAUCCAAAACUUUAAAGCUGCAAAGUACUUUGCACUCGUUACACAAGUGUAGUGUAGCCAAGUGGGCGUUCUGCUCAGUCCGGGUCGGUAAAUAAUUACCCGGGGCAGGUGACACUGCCGCGCGCCACCGGGUGGAAGACGCUCCGCUGCUUUCGGGCUGAGCGCAAAAGCCGGAGGCGCGAUUUUACAGCGGCCGCAAUUGGCCGCCUAUUAUAUAUAAAGCUGAUGUGCAGGGAGACCGAGUGCAGACAGGUGCCUGCUUAUCUUAAAAGUUAUUUUCUUCUGCAAAGUAUUGAGUAUUGAAAAUAAUGAUUCCGUUUCUGUAACUACUAAUUUUACAAAGCAAUAUAUUUAGCAAUAUAAAGCGAAAGUAGACUUUUUAAGUGUUUUUAGAAUGAAAAGGUUUUCACCAAAGGCUCUCCAUAACAUUGCUAAAAAUGCUUCAAAGUCUUCGGUGAAUGUGGUGGAGCAAGUUGGUAUGGUCUCCCAGAAGAGCCCGGACACCAAAGGCUUCACCAGCUUCGCACCGGUCGGCGAGGAGCCCCAGGAGGGCGACGUGCGCAGCGCGCACCGGCAGGACCAAGCGCUAAAUGUUGCUCUCCCGAGGGUCUGGCCCCCACACCCACAUGGUUAUGAGAACUUUGCUUUUGAUGCUGGCAGCCAGAGAGAGGUGUUCCCACAGGCCAGCUGUACUGUCCAUCGCACCAUCUGCAUCACAGGCACCAGGAACCCAACCUGCGCCCUCAUCCUGGAGACCCGGCUCGGCUGCCUACCAGGCUUGGUGGCUGCCCAAGUGAAUGUUGAAGCUGGCAAUGUUUGGGUAGAGUUUGACCCCAUAGGUCUUACCAUCAAGGAAAUCUGCCAUGAGAUCCAACAAAUGGGUUUUGGAGCCACAGAGGAAGAGGAGGAGGAGGAAGAAGUGAGCGUAGUAAAGAUCUUGGUGAGGGGCAUGACGUGCACGUCCUGCGUGAGCACCAUUGAGGGCAGCCUGGGCCAGCAGCCGGGUGUACGAGGUGUCAGCGUGUCUCUGAAUAAGGGGGAGGCCGUAGUGGCCUUUGCUCGCACCCUGCUCCUUCCCGAGCAGCUGAGGAGCCUAAUUGAAGAGAUGGGCUUCUCUGCCAGCCUGAGCAGUAAGGAGGCAGACCCAGGCGCAGGGGAGAGGAAGCCCUCUCUGUCUUCCCUCAGAACCUUCAGCCAACAGCCCUGGUCAGCAGUGACCAUCGCCAUUACAGGCAUGACCUGUGGCUCGUGCGUACGCUCCAUAGAGGGGAACCUGAGUGAGAGGGCAGGUGUGAGCUGUGUGCGGGUGUCUCUGGCCGAGGAGAAGGGAACCGUGCUGUACGACCCCGACCUCACCAGCCCAGAAGAGCUCAGGGCUGCCAUUGAGGACAUGGGUUUCCAUGCAUCACUGACAGAACUGAGCUGUCCAGCAGGUAGACAAAACCAGCAGGUGCCCUCAGGGGAAAACACCGGAGCACAUGGCAGCAGUUCCCAGGCCUGCCCAUCCCCCAGCGAGACAUUCCAGCCCAUCACUGUGAACUCCAGCCCUGCUCGACAGGAAGCGGGAACACAGAAGUGCUUCUUUCGAGUGACGGGCAUGACCUGCGCUUCCUGCGUGGCAAACAUUGAGCGGAACCUGCAGAAACAGACAGGGAUAGUCUCUGUACUUGUGGCCCUGAUGGCAGGCCAGGCUGAGGUCAGGUAUGACCCGCAGGUCCUGAACACAGCUGAAAUCGCACAGUUUAUUCGGGCCUUGGGCUUCGGUGCUGAACUCAUAAAGGAUGGCGCUGUGACAGACGGGAAGCUGGACCUCGUGGUCACAGGCAUGACCUGCACGUCAUGCGUCCACAGCAUCGAGGCCCGGCUGGCUAGCACAAAGGGGGUUCUAGAGGCUUCUGUUGCCCUGGCAACCAGCAAAGCACACAUCAAGUUCGACCCCGAGGUAGUGGGACCACGGGAUAUCAUCAGGAUUAUUGAGGGUUUGGGUUUCAGUGCUGCUCUCAUGGAGAGAGAGGGGAUCAGUAGCCGCCUCGACCACCAAGGGGAGAUUCGAGAGUGGAGGAACUCGUUCCUGUUCAGCCUGAUGUUCGGGCUUCCGGUAAUGGGCUUGAUGAUCUACAUGAUGGUGAUGGACAGCCAGCACCAGGGCGGGAGCUCCAUGCACCAGGGCCAGAACGUGCUACCUGGCCUGUCCAUCCUCAACCUGGCCUUCUUCCUGCUCUGCACCCCAGUUCAGAUCUUUGGGGGGCGCUACUUCUAUAUCCAGGCCUACAAAUCCCUGAGACACGGGGUAGCCAACAUGGACGUGCUGAUCGUGCUGGCCACCUCCAUAGCAUACGCGUACUCCUGCGUCAUGCUCCUGGUGGCCAUGGCCGAGCGAGCCGAGCACAGCCCGGUCACCUUCUUCGACACGCCUCCCAUGCUCUUCGUCUUCAUCGCUCUGGGCCGCUGGCUGGAGCAUGUAGCCAAGAGCAAGACAUCAGAGGCCCUGGCCAAGCUGAUGUCCCUACAGGCUACCGACGCCACAGUGGUGACGCUGGGCACAGGCAACUCCAUCCUGAGUGAGGAGCAGGUGUCAGUGGAUCUGGUCCAGAGAGGUGACAUUGUGAAGGUGGUUCCAGGAGGGAAGUUUCCUGUGGAUGGGAAGGUGAUCGAGGGAACCUCCAUGGCUGACGAGUCGCUCAUUACAGGAGAACCAAUGCCUGUCACCAAAAAGCCAGGCAGCACCGUGAUUGCUGGUUCUGUCAACGCCCACGGCUCCUUGCUGGUGCAGGCCACCCACGUGGGAGCAGACACUACACUCUGCCAGAUUGUAAAGCUGGUGGAAGAAGCACAGACUUCCAAGGCUCCGAUCCAGCAGUUUGCGGACAGGCUGAGUGGGUACUUCAUCCCGUUCAUUGUCGCGGUGUCCGUGCUGACACUCGUGGUCUGGCUGCUCAUUGGAUUUCUGGACUUUGGUGUUGUGGAGAAGUAUUACCCUGGCUUUGACCCCACCAUCUCCCGGACGGACGUGGUGAUCCGCUUCGCCUUCCAGGCCUCGAUCACAGUGCUGUCUAUCGCUUGUCCCUGCUCACUGGGCUUGGCCACGCCUACGGCUGUCAUGGUGGGCACUGGCGUGGGCGCACGGAAUGGCAUCCUCAUCAAGGGAGGGGAGCCGCUGGAAAUGGCCCACAAGAUCCAGGUGGUGAUGUUUGACAAGACGGGCACCAUCACAGAGGGGGCGCCGCGUGUCACGCGCGUGCUGGUGCUGUGGGGGCACAGGCGACUGCCGCUGCGGGAGGUGCUGGCCGUGCUGGGAACCGCCGAGGCCAGCAGCGAGCACCCGCUGGGCGUGGCCGUGGCCAAGUACUGCAAGGAGGAACUGGAGACGGACACCCUGGGAUACUGCACUGACUUCCAGGCGGUUCCUGGUUGUGGCAUCAGCUGCAGGGUGUCCAACGUGACAGCAUUGCUGCAGGUGGAGCCCAAGGGCAGCGAAGCCCAGAGCCCGCAUGUGUUGCUGCCAGGCGUCCCCGAGGAUGAGAGCUGCCUGGUCGACAUGGCAGAGCUUCACGCAGCAGGCCCCUCCUCCAACCCCUCCUACUCUGUGCUGAUUGGUAACAGAGAGUGGAUGAGGCGGAACGGCCUACAAGUGACUGCCGACGUGGAGGACGCAAUGUCAAGUCAUGAGUCCAAAGGACAGACUGCCAUCUUGGUGGCCAUUGAUGGGGUUCUUUGCGCCAUGUUAGCCGUGGCAGACACGGUGAAGGCCGAGUCAGCCCUGGCCAUCCAUACCCUGAACAGCAUGGGCAUUGAUGUCGUCAUGAUCACCGGGGACAACAGAAAAACAGCCAAAGCCAUCGCCGCUCAGGUGGGCAUCAGGAAGGUAUUCUCUGAGGUCUUGCCCUCCCACAAAGUGGCCAAAGUGAAGGAGCUCCAGGAGCGUGGCUGGAAGGUGGCAAUGGUGGGUGAUGGCAUUAACGACUCUCCAGCCCUCGCCCAGGCUGACAUGGGCAUUGCCAUUGGCACGGGCACCGAUGUAGCUAUUGAAGCGGCCGACGUCGUGCUGAUCAGGAAUGAUCUACUGGAUGUGGUGGCCAGUAUUGAAUUAUCUAAGAAGACGGUCCAGAGAAUAAGGAUCAACUUUGUGUUUGCUCUGAUAUACAACCUACUGGGAAUACCCAUAGCAGCAGGCGUCUUCAUGCCCAUCGGCCUGGUUCUCCAGCCAUGGAUGGGCUCCGCAGCGAUGGCAGCCUCCUCUGUCUCGGUGGUGCUGUCAUCUCUUCUCCUCAAGUUGUACAAGAAGACGUCUGUGGAGCACUAUGAGAUGCUGGCCCAGGGCCGGAUGAAGACCCUCAGCCCAUCCCAGAUCAGCACGCACGUGGGCCUGGAUGACCGCUCGCUCUCCUCCACGCUGUCCCGCCGGUGCUCAGCGUCACCUUGGGGGCACUGGUCCCUGCGGGGCAUCAUGAAGGAGGCCGACCUUGUUGUAUAGGCUUCGGAGGUGGGGCGGAGGGCACUCCAUGAAGGCACUCUGUCAUCCCUAAUUAAAUUGCUGUGUGUAUGCAGCUGGAGCUCACUGCCUGUUAAACUGUCAGUGCCAAUGCAGUGUCGCACCACACGUCACAAAACACACAGCCCACCCGCCAGCCACCUGGCUAGACGUCUGCCUUCAGCAUCCAGGAGAGUGAUGGAACAGAGUCUCUGUGAUGCUGAGGAUGUUUAUCUCAAAGCCGCCUUUUUGCACCCCUGAACCUGCAGUACUUCCUAUGCUUUCUCUUCAGACUGAUCUGUAUUAUAACUCUUGCGAUCCAGGAUGAAGUUUCUUCAUCCUUAUGCAAAUUUUGUAAUAAUUACACCACACUUUUUACAAGUCAAGUUAAAAUCUCAAUGGACGAAAAGUACAUUUUUUUAAUAUUCUGAAAAUAUUUUGAUGUGAACACUUUUACAUGAUGAACAGCUGAAACCUUGCACCCCCCCCCCCCUUGGGUACUGACCUGUGAGCAGCCAUGCUUAUGAAACCAGUGUGCUCACUGAAUCUGUCAUUUACUACUUAGGCCUUACAGUUUGUUGGAAUCCAGUGGAUGGCUGACAUGAGUUUGUGCAUCAUUCAUCUACUGCUUUGGUCAAUAUGGUUUCUACUUUGAUCCUUACUCUUGACUGGAAGUAAUAAUAUAAUAUGACUGAGUUAUUUCUGCAUAUUGUACAUCCUAAAAUUACAGCCUUUUAUCGGUGUGUGGGUUAGGACACUAUGUCUGUGAUUGAAAGGUCAUUGGUUCAAAUCCCCUCUUUGUCAGAGUGAUGUCACUGUUUGUCCUGGAGCAGGGCUGUUAACCCCAAUUGUCCAGGGAAUUGCUGACCCUGAUUUCCAUUCUAAGUCACUCUAGAUAAAAAUAAAUUGUAAUUUAAAAAAAAAAAAAACAUAUACCUUCCUACAACAUUUAGGCCUAAUGUUGUUCUUUUAUUUAACUUGGUUUUUGUCCUAUAAAUGGUCGCAUAUAUAUUAGGGCUGUCAAUAGAUUAAAAUAUUUAAUCGUGAUUAAUCGCACACCUGACCAUUGUUAAUAGGAGAAAAUAUAAUAAUUUUACGAAGAUCUGGGAAGGCGUGAAGACGAUAUACUACGAAAAGGUCCUAUAUGAAAGAAUUACGAAACCCAAUAAACUUCAAUCUCGGACACUGAAGAACACUCCGGAAAGCAUGUAUACCUUUUGACCGGAGACAUACUCUCGUAGAAAAUGACUUUAAGAUGUAAAUUAUGCAGUUAUGACAUAACAGAAGCGGGCGACAGACCGCCUCAUUCACAUAUAGCUAAAGAAAUGCCUAAAUGAAAAAUAAUAUUAACCCAUAAAUAAAUUAUUUAUAUUUGCGAAAGUAUUAUCAUAUGUUAAGACAUGCGAAUGCGUCUAUCGUUCUGAGAAGAGCCGCAGCCUGCAUGGUAUUUAAGACUAUAGGUGUGCUUCGGUGGUAACUGAUCUCACAUCGACAGUAACUGCAAAUAACUUUAGUGUUGUAGAUGGACUCAUCUGAAAGAAUUUUGAAGCUGAACCUGCAAUUACCUUUUUCUUUGUUCGUUAUUUUUCCUGAGAUGCCAUCCGACUCGACAGGCGCUAAUGGCAUUAGAAAAAUUUGUCACGUUAUAAUGAAUUCCCGUUGACGCGCUAUUAUCGCGUUAACUUCAAGAGCCCUAAUAUAUAGCCUAUAUAGGUAUAUAUAACCUGUGCGUGUGUGUACAGCUAGUGAGUGGGUAAUAGGACUUGACACUUAUGCUGUCUGCCUUCCCCCUGCUCCCACAUUAACAGCUGAGCCAGUGGGCAAACACAUAUACCCUGGUAUUUGUAACCGACCGGUACUGUCUGCGGCAGAGAAGCUCAGGGUCCUCUGACCGUGUUAAUGUGCCUCUUCUGAUGGUCUCUUAGCACUGAGUAUUGCGGGGCUGGGCUUGAUAUACAGGCAAUUAUACAUCAACUGCAUCUCAUUAGUUUAGCACAGAAAAUGAGGCAAAUGAAGAGCAAGAAAAAGUUCUAGGGCUUAAUGGAACCUAAUUCGUAUUUAUGGCAUUCCAGGCUUGCUGCAGCAUUCUUGAUGUUUUCUCCACUUAAUUCUGCAAUAUCCGUGUGUAACUGUUACUGUAUCAAAUCCCAGAUGACACGCAACAAAUGGUUUUGUUCGGCAAGGUACUAGACUCGAAUUGUUUAUAACUAUACAAUCGUAAAUGCAGUAUUUCGUAGACUACAAAUUUCACUUGCUAAUAGCUUAUGCUGAAUAAGUGGUGUUUUUACGAACCAGAAACAAUUUCAUUGUUUUUCUCGAUGGUAGAGAUUCGAGGCUACUUGGAUAUGUCAAUUAAGGGAAUAGCAAAAUUAAAUUUCUUAAAUUAUUGAGAUAAAAGUUAGAGACAUGGAUAUGGUUCAGUAAAGUGCUUAAGUUCCAGUCGCAUAGAUCUUCUAAAACUAUGAGGGAAAUGAGUAAGAAAUCAUGCAUUGUUAAAGUUAAUGUGAUGCCGCCGAACCAUUUGCUUAUGUAAUUUUUGCGCAGAAACAUUAGGAGGUUAUGGAAUAGCAGCAGCCCGUGCGUGUUCAUCGUACACAUCCUUUGUUUGCCAUUUACAGCUUUUGCAAUAUAUUAUUUAUUUGCAUUUCUUACUGAUCACCAUACUGUCCUCUCAUUGCGACUGCUACAUGUACUACCAACUUUUCUUCUUACUCUGUUAUUCUCAUUCAUUAAAGUAAGGAAAUCGGCCAUGCCCGAGAAUGCGACAAAUGAAUGGAUGAAUGUUUCUUCAUUUAAAAGACGGAAUUACGUAAUUCAGGUUUUGAGUGGGUGUCUUGAAGUACUACCGGCGGUGGUUGGGAUUUAAUUCUUUUGGCAGUCGCUAAUCAGUCAUCCAUACAAUCAAUCAAUCAAUCAGAGAUAUCAAUUUUAAUAUAGAUGGUAUUUAUUAAUUUAAAAAGUAAGAUAUUACAAAACAUAUCUCCAGUGUUAAUAUGUACAGAUUUCUGGUGUACGGAUGUUAUAAUAUCGUGUAGUAAUAUACUGAACCAUCAAUUGAUAAAACGGGGUAUUAACAUCGUACACAUACAAACAGCGUACAGGGGGUCACAUUAAGUCAGCGCAUAGUUCAUUUGACCAAUCUUUUCUUCAGUACCUCGAUCCGUGGGAUGCUGUAGUGCUUCUGGCAACUAGGACUGAACAAACGGGUAGGUUUGCCUGCUUUUAUUAUAACGAGCCAUGUGCAGCAGGUGGUCUUUCUGCUCAUCUCCUCACUUGAAAUGCGCCUCUUUUCCGCAACGCACGUUCGCCUUCUUCGUCUACCCAUAUCUAAUUAAGGUAUGCGCUAAACAAUUGCAUUUGUCACUGUACAUACGAACUAGCUCGUGCAUAACGUCUCAUCAUUUCAGUGUAUCUAUUUGUAUUUCUGCUGUUUUUCUUUAUAUUGUAUGUGAAUGCGUGUGAAUGAUUUUAAGGACGAUUGUGAACAUCCACCUUCACUUAGACUCUCAACCACGUCUGAGAGAGCGGAGACCGUGUGAUGUGGUCUCUUUGAACGCGUGUAAAUUUAAACACUUUGAACAAUGCCCAUUGUUAUAAAUUCUGCUAGAUUUUUGUAAUAAAAAGUUUUAAUUUAUAGGUAUGACCAUUAUAUUUUGAACAAUUAAUAUAUACCUUUAAGUGUAGCUAAUCGCAUAUGCAUUUUUGUACCUGACACAUCGAGCUGUUCUGCAUUUUCAAAUGUUUGCUAUUCGCGUACUUUGAAAUGUUUCACUUUCCUUGGUGUCAUGAAAUAGGUGCAUAUUUUAAAUUGAAAUAUUAGUAAUACAUGUAAGGUAAAUUAA